CCAAUCACUUCGGCGGUAGAAAGGCGCGCGGAAAUCCCUUUACGGGAGAUGAGAUACACAAACAAACACAGAUGGAGUGUGAAAAUACAGAAGAACUCAUCUCAGACUCAUCUGGUACAGAUAAGACAGAGAGCAUCGACUUCCAUCGCGUCACCUCCGUGGCCUCAGGAUGGAUGCUGGACUUCAUGUUUGUGAGUUUAUGUCGAAGCUUCAAAGAAGGAAAUUUUGACGAGUUUAACGAAACUCUGUCAGUUUUUAAAGAGCUUUCUCAAUGUAAAUCUCUUCACGCUGACGUCAAUGAUGAAAAAUCCUUGAUAUGUGCCUUUCUAGCAAGAGUGAUACACGGAAAGCAGCUCGAUGCCCAGUUUGAGGAUGAUGAGUCUGUUAUGCCUCUGAUGUCUGCUGUCAUGGUUUGGUCCUCCCUGGAAGACGCCGUGGAAGAUGAACAAUUAUUCGAAAACAUCAACGUUCUCCUGUUAGUCCAGGCUGUGGCCGUCUGCCUGGAAAAAGGCCAGAGAUCUUCUGCCAACUCGGCCCUCAAGUGGUUUGAAAAAAGACAAAAGUGUUCUCGGAACUUGGGAGUUAAGCUCUCAACUAUCGUGACGAAAAUGGAAACGUACCACCCAUUCCUCAUGAGCUUCAGCUUCAGCCGCCUGCUGGAGAGCAUACAGUCCUUCUUGGAUAGCUACUUGAAGAGAAAUCCGUCUGACUUCAUCUUCAAGGCAGCUACGAGCUUCGUCCAGUACUCCCCAAACGUUGAGGACUCGACGCCGGCGGCGUUGCAGGACAGCAGCCCCUCAAAACCGCCCAGUGAAACAAGACCGAAUAAUAAGAAAACAAAGCGCAGACUGCUCUCCACUAAAACCACUGAUGUAUGGUCACCUGACACCACCAAGAAGCCCUGCGUUUCCAUCAGACGGCUCUCCAGGAAGGAGGUGUGUCAACUGAUGGCGAGGAAGUCUUCAGACACCGCGAAGUCUUCAGAAACCGUCCCGCCACAAGAGUAUAAAGAACACAACAAUGGGAGAACACGAAGGAAAUGGACUGCCCAGCUGGACAAAUACCUGAAAGAGGGGGUCUGGCGUCACGGACGUGGGAACUGGGCCAAAAUCCUGCUGGAUUAUGACUUUGAGGGACGCACCAGCACCAAUCUGAAAGACCGCUGGAGGAUUCUGUGUAAAACGUACAAAGUGGACUGAAGAGAAAGGCAGCUUCGCCUUUCAGCCUGUGUGAUGUAGCAGUGUGUAUAUAAAAUCACCCAUAGAAAGCUUUUUUUGUUUUCUAAAGACCUUCGUUCAAGAUUAUUUUCUAUGGAAAUUUUAUUUUUUUAUUUUAUUUUUGUUGCAUAUUAGCGCUUGAAACUGUUAAAUUAACAGAUAAACCUGCUUGUUUUUGCUUCUGCUGGAUGUUUUAACACCUACCACCAGAGGGCGCCCAAGAGAAGAAAUCACCAACUGGCUGUCCGAACAAACUUUUGUAUAGCUGUAUUUUAUGCAGGGAAUUUCAACUGUAAAGCAGAUUUUAUGUUUUGACAUACAGUUUUUGUUUGAAGCAGUCUAAUGCAUAAAUAAAAGACAAUUUGAAAACAA